AACAUCAGUGCGCAGCAAACGCCUCAAAACAGGCGAGUACAUUUUAAAUGUAAAAGUACUCUGAAAGGUGGACACUCCUGGGAUGGCAGCUUCACUGCUAGGGGAAGAGCCGAAGUUUGGAUCCACUCCUUUAGCCAUGCUAGCAGCAACUUGCAACAAAAUUGGGAGUCCAAGCCCCUCUUCGGCGAUUUCGGAUAGCAACUCGUUCGGGAAAGGCUUUCACCCUUGGAAAAGAAGCGCGCCUAGCAGCUGCAGUCUCGGUUCAAGCCUCUCUUCGCUCAGCGUGACCGGCACAGCCCGGGGAGGAAGCGGGCUGGUGGAUUCCUUCAACGCAAACGGGUCGCCUGGAUCCAGCGCCUUUUCCUUAACGACCAGCAACACGUCUACUAGCCCCUUUGGAAACGAUUACUCUGUGUUUCAGACCUCAGUUUCUAACAGUUCUCAGGAGCCCAAUUCUCAGCCUGUUUUUAUCUCCAAAGUGCACACGUCGGUGGACAGCCUUCAGGGUAUUUAUCCAAGGAUGAGUGUCGCACACCCGUACGAUUCUUGGUUCAAGUCGGCGCACCCAGGCAUUGCAGCGGGAGACGUGAGCGCAGGCGGUGCGUCGGCCUGGUGGGACGUGGGCACGAGCUGGAUCGAUGUUCAGAGCGCCAAUGGUGCCGCGCUCCAAACGUCGCUGCAUUCCCCCCUAGGCGGCUAUAACUCGGACUACUCCGCACUAAGUCACUCGGCGUUCAGUGCCAAUCCAUCGUCGCACCUCCUCACUAGCGGACAGCACUUGAUGGACGGAUUCAAACCGGUUUUACCAACGUCCUACCCAGAUUCUAGCCCCAAUUCAAUCGCUACUGCUAAUGGAGCUGUCUUGACCGGGUCCGCUGCAGUUCCGUUAGCGGGCUCUCCGCGGUCGUCCGCCCGGCGAUAUGCUGGGAGAGCUACCUGUGACUGCCCGAACUGCCAGGAAGCAGAGAGGCUGGGGCCAGCGGGCGCGAGCCUGCGGAGGAAAGGACUACACAGUUGUCACAUCCCGGGCUGUGGCAAAGUGUACGGAAAAACGUCCCACCUCAAGGCGCAUUUGCGCUGGCACACUGGGGAGAGACCGUUCGUGUGCAACUGGUUGUUUUGUGGCAAGAGGUUUACCAGAUCCGACGAGCUCCAGCGGCAUUUACGCACGCACACCGGCGAGAAAAGGUUUGCUUGUCCGGUAUGCAACAAGCGCUUCAUGCGCAGCGACCACCUCAGUAAGCACGUGAAAACGCACAGCGCCGGCGGGGCUGGAGAACCGGGGUCUAGCGGGAGCGGGUGCAAAAAAGGCAGCGAUACCGACAGUGAGCAAAGUGUUCCGAGCAGCCCUGCAUGUCAAUCUCCAGAUAUGUUGCAUCCUACAGAACCAGUCCAGACGACAAACAUGAACGGCCACAAUUCAAUCAACUGAACAACUUAAACAUAGCCUAAUGACAAUAUUGCACAUGCAUCGCAAAAUCGCAAAACUACCAGUAAAUGAGUCGUCUAUACAUGUCCGUAUCUUAGUAAAAGAGUGAUUUGGAAUAUUACUCAAAAGGUGGGAAGGCAUAGUCCCUGUCAGUUCUUUUCGAAAGAUACUUUGAUCAAAUAUCAAGCCGCAACAACAACAAAACGAAAUACCUGUUCAUGCUGCAGUUAUAAAUGUGGCAAUGUUAGCUAAACGUUGCAGAUGUAUUCAAAUACAACGUGGAUUACAGAGACGGACCAGUGACAAAUUCCACUAAAUUAUAUAGCCUAGAGACCUACGUUGUUUAAAGAGACUUAGUUAAAAUAAUGUUUUAUGUUUACGGUGUAAAUUUGGGUUUGCCAUGAAAUGUCUUAUUUGAGUUAACUCUAUUGAGGCACUUUACUCUUCACAUUUGAACUCAAACAGCGGUUUACUUGUAGUACAUUAGUACACCAGAAGAAAGCCAAACAACACUGAACCCGUUUGGUGUGGAAUGGAUGGUUUUCUAAUUGUGUGUACGUUGUCUUAAAACAAAAAAAAAGCAUAUUUCCAUGAACAAAGGAUGCUGAGCUGUCAUAAGCUAAUAGAAGGGUCUUUGGGGAAACUUGUAAAUGUAGGCCUACUUAAAGAAUUCAGUCGUUCACAGUGUGGUUUUGUACUGUAGUUUUAAUUUCUUUGUGGCUCAAAAUACUUUGAUAUCUAUGAGAGUGCAUUGAAAUGUUCACUUUCUCCUCGAUAGCAAACUGAAAAUUGUACAUAGGACUGUCUCGGUUUUAUUUAUCCAUGAGUUUGACCUGUAAUUUGAAGUCUAUAAGAGUCGCACUUUGAAUCUAUAUUUAUGAUUUUAGGAUAGAAUUAUUUCGAUCGGGUUGUUGACCUUUUCCCCACUUUUUUAUUUAAUCCUUUUUUUUAAUUUAAUUGCGCAUGUGUGUUUGCAUUUACUGACGAUUGAUUUUAAGGUGAAUUCCUCAUAAUAAAGUCAAAUUGGG